AAGCUGAUGUGCCUUCUUGUUUAGGCAGGUUGUGUUGAGAGUCCAGGAGAGGUCUUCUGUCAUGUUCACACCAUAAAAAUGUUCACUCUUUUUGCAUGUGCAGUGGUGAGUGGCUUGCUCGGUUCUUCUUGAAGUUAGCAAUCUGAUAGAGAAGCUGUGAGUAAACAGUUUUUUAGGUUUUUCAUGAUUAGCUGCAGGUAGUGGUGGUAAGUGUGAGCGCAAUCUGAGCAGUACAGACAAUUCUUCAGCACUGGAAUGAUGGUGGAUGUCUUCAUUGGUACUGAACUCUGUUGAAGUCGGCUGUGAAAGACACCAGCAAUCUGUUUAACACCAUAGAUUCUUUCUGCACAGUUACACUUUGGAAUAACUUCAACAUAGAAUAAACGGGACUGGUAUCUAAAUUCAAUGCAGGUCAUGUAACGUCAUGCGUUAAUGGGAAAGGGGCGGGGCACGUCGAUUUGAAGGACGUGUCUAAUUAGCAUAUUCAUGCCUUAUUCAGCGUUACUUCGGCACGUGUGCCUCUGUGCCUUUUCUUCUUUGACACUAAUUGGCGUUUAUUUAUUUUUUUGUCCUGCAACCUAUAUGGGACUUCAACACGCUAUUUAUUUAUUUUUUUGGGGUGGGGGUCUUUCGGCUUUGGUAAGUGCGUGUAAGUGUCCACACUGAGAAUGAUGAUGAUGAUGAUGAAGGUGGUGGUGGUGAUGGUAAUGAUGGUGGUGAAUGGAAGGAAGCCCCUCCUUGUGAGCGCGUGGUCUUUUUGGGGUUGGUGCCCUGUUGCCAAGGAAUCGGCGCAGACGCGUGGACUUGACGAGGAGGCAUCAAACGUGGUGAUGAUGAAGCAGGACGCGCUCCUCAUCCACCCAUAGGACAUAAUAACGGGCGCUUCUAGGAGUCACAAUACCGGAUCAUGAGGAUCAUAUGCACCUUAUAAUCUCUUCAGAUGGGUGAAAUGUCGUUGACGGAUCAAUAACUCUAGUGAAACUUUGGGGGGUAAAAAAGAAACUCCUGAUGGCCAGACUUCAGUUUACAUGGUUUGUUCUUCUGAGUUUAGUGCCACUGCAAACUGGUGCCAUCGAGACAGUGAACGUGGUGGAUUUUUGUGGCCAGACCGUACGGGGGGACGGCAUGGUCGUCCGGUCUCACCAGGAGUCACGUAGGUACUACUUCGUCAGCAUGAACACCGACUGCCAUCUGACCAUGCAGGCAGCCACGCCCCGCGACAAGGUGCAGUUCCAGUUCCGCUUCUUCCUGGUUUACAGCCUGCUGCGUGUGUCACCCUUUAGCCCUGUCCCCUUCAUCCCAGAGUCGGCCUGGGGUCCCUCGCAAUCGGGUUUGACACGGCCGGACCAGCGCUUAGACCAUACACUGGACGAGAACCAAGGAGAUCCCUGUCACACUGGCUCAUACAUCCAGUUAUAUGAUGGGCGGGAUAAGAUGGCGCCCCCUAUCGGGCCGCCACUUUGUGGAAAGAGCUUGCCACGGCCAGUCCUGUCCACCGGAAACUACCUGACUCUGAGACUGGUGACCCGGGGAACUCAACCACGUGUGGAUUUUGUUGGGGACUUCACCUCAUUCAGGCUGGGCUUUAAUCACUCUGAAUGCAGCAGUGAGCCUUAUUUCACCUGCCAAAAUGGGAAAUGCAUCCCAAUGAGUCUGGUGUGUGAAGACGACAAGGGAAUCGACAACUGUGGAGAUGGAUCUGACCUUCAAGAUUACCCGGGAUGCACAAAUCUGUUGUCCACGGCGAGCACACAUCAGACGUAUGUAACUCCUCCGCCCAUGAUGAGCAUUGCCACCAUGAGGGCAUCAACUGUGGAGAAGUGCAGUGGCCCAAACCUCAUCCCUGACACUGAUUCUGUCACUGAUUCUCCUCCGAACGUUUCUCUGCUGGCGCUCUACGUGGUUCUGGGAGUGCUGGCCGGUUCAGUGGUGGUGUUCUGGUGCUGCUGGUCUCCCGGCUGGUUCAUCUGGAGAGUGAGCGUGUGUCGCUUCCUGCCGUGCUGUAACUCCUUCUGCGCCUCGUGUCAGCUGUGCAGCCGGAGCUGUUUGCAGAACAAAGAACACCGGCUGGCCAAGGUCACACCUCAACAAUCGUCCACGCCCGCAGCCUCCACCACCACUGUGGCUGUGUAGAGUCUGUACAGUAAGACUCGCUAAAAAAAAUGUCUGAUGGAGGGAUGGAGAAGGACACGUUGGUGGUAACGUGUUUAUCACGGCGCAUGUUCAAAAAAGACAUGGAGCAAAUGUAUUGUUUUCUGGCUGCUGCUUUUCAAUGAAAUCAGUGAAGUGUUAAAUCGUGUUCUUAAGACUUAAACUCUGUGCUGUUUUCCAUUUCGCUCGUUCGGAGGUUGCGAAGAAGGUGAUGCCGGUGUUAUUACAGCGAUUCCGGGAACUCUGUGAUCAUUUCUAACCAGAAAACGGACCUAAAAGAGGUAUUUAGAUUUCCCGAAAAGAGCAUGCACAAAAGCCGUGUAAGUCCUGGCCGAUUCUGUUUUCAAAAACCACAGUCCAAACAGUUUCACUCUUCCCCCCGAGCUUUUGUUGAAGAUGCUUACAUAACAGCUAUGAGUCUCGGUGUCAGCUUGGUACGCUGCUCUGCGGUGAUGAGGUGCAUUUUCAUGGCUGUUGCUCAGUUACUGAACUCUAUCCUGUUCUCCAAGAGGUCGUGUCCUGAAGCGUGCACUCUGCCCUAAUACGGCUCUGUAACGAAGCCAAGCACACGACUGCUCAGUUACAACUCAGUUACAGCUCAGUUACAGCUCAGUUACAACUCAGUUACAGCUCAGUAUUAUUUUUACUUUAGUCCUGGUUUGGGUUUAGUCUCAGUUUGUAUUUAAUCUCAGUCUCUACCUACUCCCACUUUUUGUGACCUUGCCAUUUAAUUUUAAUUUUGUGUUCAGUCCUUUUGGAGUUCAAUCUCAGGUUGGGUUUAGUUUAUCUUGGGUUUAGUCCUGGCAUGAACACUGUCUCAGAUUAUGUUUAGUAGCUGUUUUGGUUUAGUCUCAGUUUGGGUUUAGCCACAUGUUGGGGUUAGUCUCACUUUGGGUUCAGUCUCAGUUUGGGUUUAGUUAUGGACUAGUUUUAGCUUGCAGUGAAAACUGAGUAAUUUUGAUACAUUUGUUACACUAAAAAUCAAAAACUGAGCAUGAACUCAAACCAAAACUAAGACUGCUGAGACUAAACCCAAUUCUACACCAAACCAAACUUAAACAAAGUCCUUUAUCAGACCAAAAGCUUGUUUUGUAUUUAGUUGCUUUCAGAAACAAUAACUUUGCUUAAUUUGCCAUGAUCAGUAAAGACACACACGGGGGAGGACGGGAUCUGUCAGGAAAUGUAUCAUCUAACCUUUAUACCAAAUAGAAAAGUAACUGAUCCUGGGCUUAGUCUUGCUUUGGGUUUAAAAGCAGUUUGGAGGGUUGAGGAUCACGUUUCCCUCUCGCAUGGUGUCUGUUCGGCGCACUUUUGAUGCACUGCAGAUGGCUUUGGUGUUGAUUGUAAUCAUGCUAAAGGACCACAGUGAGAUUUGUAAGACUGACAAAAUGUUAUACCAAAAAAAAAAACUGGAGUUAGUGUCUCUUUGUGCUUUUGUAUAAAUAUAUAUUAUUACAGUACUUUUCUUCAUGCGGAUUGUAAGGUGUUUUUGAAAGUAGUUCGAUGUGAGUCUGUUUUAUAUUAAGGAAAAUUGAAUGUAAAUACAGAUAGAUUGAAUGACUUACGGUCAUGGAACAUUCUCAAUAAAAACACUGUGUUCAGUAAAUAAAAAAAGAAUAAUGAUCUUAAUGUUAUAAUUCAUAAUAAGUAUCUUUAUAUUUUGGGCUUUCGAUUGGAAUCAAAAUAUCGAAAAUAUAUUCGUGAGAAAUCCUGAAAAAAAGUUUGUGUGUGUGUUUU